AUGGCUCGGAGCUCCGACUACCUUAACGAAAAGAAAGGCAUUACUGGAACACGUUGCGUCAAGAAAUUCACCAACAGCGACAGCAGAAUUCCUGUCCGUAGCUCAGCAAUGCAUGACGCGAUGGACAACAUGUCACGACAAAGCAAUGGAGAUAUUAUGGUUAAUAUGGACAACAACAACCCCAGUCAUACUAUGGAGACUAAGAAAUCGUCAUAUUUUCAACGAAAUACACACAUCAAAAAGCGAAACAGCCUCCAUAGUCUGGGGAGCUGGAACGUACCAAGUCAUUGCGGUAGCUAG